UUUUAGUUCAUAAAGAACAAUAGCUACUCUACAAACAAGACAAGCAACGCGGUCAUUGAAAAACCAGUGUCAUCAUCGAUUCAAGAUGGAAUUUCUGAAACGCGUCUACCUAGACUAAACUGGAAUCUUCAAGUGAAAUGACCUAGUUUCGAAAAGCAACAAAAAUCAGGAAAAUCAGGACGACUUAAAAAAAAUCAGGAAAUCAGGGCCGCUACGAAGCCUGGUUGUAAAUAGUGAAGAAACAGUUCAACUACAAACAGUAAUUGCAAGUAAGUGGCACAAAAAACUGCUACAAAAGGUGCUUAUUAUUAACUUAUUCUUAUUCUUUAUAAUAGGAACCCAUCAUCUUCUCUUUUGGAGGCUAUGGAUAAAACUAACAAUACUGAUUUAUCAAAAAUUAUUAAUCCAGAUCGAAAUUCAGUUGGAGAACAAGAAUAUUCCGAUACCAUUGGACGAUAUGUAAAAAAGAUUAUGUAUUUUCUAUCAGUUUUAUUUACAAAAACAGAAAUAACAAAAGCGUUGUCGCAUGUUUUGUCUGAUCGUGACAAAACUGUGACCAAACAAUUAUUAAUUCAUUUUGGAUUAUUGAAAAAAGGCAAUUAUUUUAUUGCCAAACGUAGAAAUAAUGCAACUGGUAAAGAACGAGAAGGUUAUUUAAAGUUAUGCGAAGAAGACAAUGAUCCGUCGCUAGUUGGUCUUGCCAGAUACAACUUUGUGAAUAAACUAUGUGAAAUUGACGCCGAUUACCCCGUGUAUAUCAGAUCAUUUGAACCGAAAAGACCGGAUAAUCAGUCGAUCAAUAUUCAUGCACAAUAUAGUCCAACUAAUUCGACACUGGCACUAUUGAUUUUCCACGGCAUUCUACGGUGA